CGUCUCUCAUUGGUAGGUUGGCAUUCUGUUUGGGUGCAGUAGCUGGAAAAAUGGCAGCUGAUACAGGAAGAUACCGGAGUGCUGUUAGCAAAAGCAAAGAUCCUUCAGGCUUACUUAUCUCCGUUAUAAGGACCCUGUCCAGCAGCGAUGACAAGCAGGACAGAGAGACGGAGAAGGGCCGCCUGGAGGAGGCGUUUGAGAAGUGUGACCGGGACCUGGAUGAGCAGAUCGUCCAACACUACGCUGAGCUGACCACCGCCAUCCGCACCUACCAGAGCAUCACCGAGAGAAUCACCAGCUCCCGUAACAAGAUCAAAGGGGUGAAGGAGAACCUGCUGUCCUGUAAGAUGCUGCUCCACUGCAAGAGGGAUGAACUGAGGAAGCUGUGGAUCGAAGGCAUCGAGCACAAACACGUCCUCAACCUGCUGGACGAGAUUGAGAGUAUCAAGCAGGUCCCACAGAGACUGGAGGCCUGCAUGGCCAGCAAGCACUACUUGCAUGCCACCGACAUGCUGGUGUCAGCGGUGGAGUCUCUGGAGGGCCCCCUGCUGCAGGUGGAGGGUCUGGGGGACCUGCGUCUGGAGCUCCACAGUAAGAAGCUCAACAUCCACGUGGUCCUCAUCGACGAGCUGCACCGGCACCUCUACAUCAAGUCUACCAGCCGCCUGGGGACCAAGAACAAGGACAAGAACCAGGGACGCCAUGGCGGCUCUACAACCAAAGACACGUCCCCUCUGCCCCAGCUGGACGUCAGCAGCCUGUCCACCCCUCGCAAGCUGAUGGACUCCUCCCAGUUCAGCACCCCAGGGACCACCAGCAUGCGUGAGCUUCAGGCGCACCACGAGGCCCGCGAGGACCCUGACGUGCACCCGGAGGAGAACACCCAAGAGUUCAUGGGCGUCCUCAUCAAAGGCCUGGCCAAGCUCAAGAAGAUCCCGGAGGCUAUCAAGGCCAUCAUGGAGCGCCUGGAGCCUGAGCUGAAGCAGAUACUGAAGAGAUCCACUACCCAGAUAGCUGAUCACGCCUACCAGAGAGGAGAGAACCUAGCCACAGAGAGCCAGCCCAGGCUGCUGCUGGAACUGCUGGAGCUGCUGUUUGACAAGUUCAACGCGGUGGCUGCGGCCCACAGUGUGGUGCUGGCCCACCUGCAGCAGAUCGUGGUGUCCCCCAACGGAGCCCAGGAGGGCAUCAAGCUCUAUGAGCAAGCCGACGUCUCUGCUAAGAUCCAGACCGUGCUCCAGGUUCUGUUGAUGGACUACCUGGAUGUGAAGAACACUAAAAGUGCUGCCGAGCCCUCUGCCCAGCUCACCUACGCCAGCACCGGCAGCGAGUUCGCAGCCUUCUUCGCCAAGAAGAAACCCCAACGUGCCAAGCAGUCGCUCUUCAAGUUUGAGUCGUCGUCUCACGCCAUCAGCAUGAGUGCCUACCUGAGGGAACAGAGGAGAGAGCUGUACAGCAAGAGUGGAGAACUACAAGGGGGUGCAGAUGAUAACCUGAUCGAAGGAGGAGAGAUGAAGUUUGUGUGUAAACCUGGAGCCAGGAACAUCACAGUGAUCUUCCAGCCUCUCCUCAGGUAGGACUUACUAACCACACACAC